AUGCAGAAACUGCCAACUGGAAUUUCCCUUGACACCAUUUCGGACGGUUAUGACAGUGGUAGGAUUGGAGAAGCAAAGAGCUUAAGGGUCUACUUGGAUUUCUUUUGGAAAGUUGGGCCAAAGACUCUUGAUGAGCUUCUUGAGAAGCUGGCUAGAUCAGGCUACCCUAUUGAUUGUCUUAUUUGUGAUUCAUUCAUGCCUUGGGCUAUGGAAGUUGCAAGGAGUUUCGGGAUUGUUGGGGUACUUUUUCUCACCCAAAAUAUGGUUGUGAAUAGUAUAUACUAUCAUGUCCAUUUGGGAAAGUUGCAAGCUCCCCUAACAGAAAAUGAGAUUUCUCUUCCUGCUCAGCCCCCACUUCAACUUGGGGACAUGCCUUCUUUCUUCUUUAACUAUGUUGAAGAUCCUGCUUUUCUUGAUUUCUUAGUAGACAAGCAUACCAAAGAUGAGGAAGACUAUGGUGUUGAACAAGUCAGAGAUGAAGAAUGCAUCAAAUGGUUAGAUGAUAAGCCAAAAGAGGUGGUUGUUUAUGUUUCUUUUGGGAGUAUGGCAGUACUUGAAGAGGAACAAAUAGAGGAAUUAGCUUAUGGUUUAAGAGAAAGUGGAAGUUACUUCUUGUGGGUGGUUAGAGAAUCUGAAGAGACCAAGCUCCCUAAAGGCUUUGAAAAGAAGUCAGAGAAGGGCUUGGUAGUGCCAUGGUGCUCUCAGCUAAAAGUUUUAGCACAUGAAGCUGUGGGGUGCUUUGUAACACAUUGUGGUUGGAACUCUACAUUAGAAGCUUUGUGCUUGGGAGUUCCAAUGGUUGCAAUGCCACAAGAGGCAGACCAAAGCACCAAUGCUAAGCAUAUUGAAGAUGUUUGGAAGGUGGGAACCAAAGCUUCAGUUGAUGGAAAACAUUGGAAGACUGUGGCGGCAAAUGCAGUUGGUGAGGGUGGAACCAUGGCGGUUCUCUACAUGGAAGCAGUCGUCGUCUCUGAGCUUUGGAAGCUGGGAAUGACUUCACAACUUGACCAUGGGGAUGGUUCUAUUGAUGAUAGUGCAUCAACCCCAAUCCACUUUUUCAGGAUCAUGCUUCCUCACAACCUUCUACAAGGAACUUUAAGGCUUCCGACAAGGUUUGUGAGCAAAUAUGGAAAACACUUAUCCAACACAGUACAUCUUAAGCUUCCAAAUGGUGCAGAAUGGAAAGUAAAUUUGGAGAAGCGUGAUGGUAGUGUUUGGUUUCAACAAGGUUGGAAAGAGUUUGCAGAGUAUCACUCGCUAGCCUAUGGUCACCUGUUAGUUUUCAGAUUCAAUCUGACAUCCCAUUUUCAUGUUUCCAUCUGUAAUAAGAGUUGCAUGGAAAUAGACUACCCUAUCAACAAAGCAAAUCACAAAAGGACCAGAAUUAAUAGUGAAGACAUUCAACCACCUAAGACACAGAAAACAACUCAAAAUAAGAAAAAGUGUAAUUCCAAUUUCCAGGACACUGCCUUUGAUAAAAAAGCAAGAGACCACAAAGGUAGAUUGAAGAAUCCAAAUGAAGGGAAGAGAAACAUGGAAGCGGUUGGGAAUACUUCCUUUACUGUUAUAAUGAAAUCACACCACUUCACUCUCGGACAAAUGUAUGUGCCACAUGCCCCAAUAAAAAGCUGCAUCAAAAGUGGUGAACAAUUUGUUACGCUUCUGGUUGGAGACAGAUCAUGGAGGGUUAAAUUGAGAAAUUAUCGAAGUAAAUCAGUCAGUUACUUCACUACAAAUUGGUCAGCUUUUGCAAGGGAAAACAAUUUAAAAAAAGGAGAUGCCUGCUUGUUCCAACUCCUACACUGUAGUGACAACAUGGUGAUGAAGGUUUCUAUUUCUAGAAAAAUGUCCAUCAGCUAA